AUGACUUCUAUAGCAGCCCCAAAGAUGCAUAAAAAUAGCUCCUCUAUGACCACCACCACAAGCAACUCCUCUUCUCCUGAUACAGCUGCUUGGAUGCAGCCGCCACCACCUCCACACCUUACUUCAGCCACUGUAGACCCCUAUUAUAAUCAUGAUGCCGCCAAUCCGGUUAUUAAUGACAAAGAUACUACAGAUCCUAUGAUAAAAGAGGAGCAACCAUUUAUGAACUCGAGCAACAGCUCUAACAGUAACCAUCCUGCCUCAGCUGUGGAAAGUGACCUGAGCACAUCCGAAAGUUCGAAAUCAGACAGAAGCCGUUCUUCUACUUCAGAGAUAACCGUAGAGAAAAACACAGAUGGAAAGCCACCCUAUUCUUACGCGACUUUAAUCAAAUAUGCUAUUGAGCGUAGCCCUGAUAACAAAUUAACACUUAGUCAAAUAUACCAAUGGGUCAUCGAUCAUUACCCAUACUAUGCAACCGCAGGAUCCGGUUGGAAGAAUUCGAUUCGUCAUAAUUUAUCUUUAAACAAGAGUUUCGUUCGUGUAUCGAGACCAGUGAAUGAACCUGGCAAGGGCUCUUACUGGACAGUAGAUCAGUAUGCUGCAGAGAAUGAACAUCGAGCAAAAUCAUCUGUGCGAGGCUCGGGUCGUUCCUCCUCAAAUAACCGUUCCAACAGUGGUGACUAUGCAAAUGCAACCUUUCACAGCCAUAGAAUGAUGAAUAACAUAGCUGCCGAUCCAUGGUUAUUUGCUCGCAGUUCUCGUGAAGCGAAUGGAAGACCUAUGUCUACGAAAGAUGCUGUUGUAGCCGCAGCUGCAGUAGGCAUGUCUCCCUAUGGUGCAAGUGGUCCCAUUCGCCGUGCAUCUCAACAUUAUGGUUAUUGUCCUACGAGCAUGGUCAAUUCAGCAACGGCGGCAGCAGCGGCUGCUGCUGCAGCUGCAGCUGCAGGCGGAGGCCAUCAUCAUCCUCCUCCUUAUGGUAGUUAUGCGACCAAUCCAUAUGUUUAUUCACACUCAUUUCCUUACCAUCACCAUCAUCAUCCGCAUCAGCAACAACAACAACAACAGCAUCCAAGGUUAUCUUCUCAACAUGAAGCUUUAUUUCCUUCCGCUCGCCAACAUUCUUCAGUAACUUACAGUCUGCCUAACCAACACACUCAUCCUCAUUCUUUCAGCACCAGCAGCAUUUAUACUGCCGUGCAUCAUCCACAGCCACAUCAAUCGCCAUUCUACGCACAUAGACAAUCUUGCCCUGAAUUAGCAAACAUGCACUAUCAUCAUUCUGACGCUCCCAGUAUGAUGCAUACCGCUUCUAAUACGACUACCUCGCAUGUUACUUCACCGGGUACAAGUGGAAAUGAUAACAGCAACAGCCAUGACGUUUGCCUCAGUACUUCAGGUUCACCUAUUGUCGAAGUACCUGUAACAACAGGUGACACGAAUACAAGAAUGCUGUAUGCCUCCUCUUCUCAGCCAUUACACACUUAUGGCAGUCUCACAACAACUACGAGCACCACCGCCAAUGCAAAGAGCAACCCUUACAUCGCCUCUUCAGCUUCAUCUCCUAUUGGCGGAGGCCCAGCGCUAUCUACAUCCAUGGAAGCAACAACAUCUGCAAUAACCAAUAACGUUGGUCAAUUAUCACAAUCUUCUCCCAUCUCGUCUAGUAGUACCUCUCCCUUAUCGCCUUCACAUACACAGCAGCAACACAUGUCCGAGGCCGAUCCAUUAUAUACCAUGGUGGUACAGCAAACUUCACCCGUGACAACAACAAAAACAACAACAACAACAACAACAACAACAAUAGAUGCUGCUGUAGCAGCAGCGGCAGCGGCAGCAGCAGCAGCAGCAGAACUGUCAGUGACAACUACUACCCCCGGAAAUACGAGAUUAACAACCCAAUACUUUCAUCCCUCUCCAAACUUGCUUGAUGGCAGUGGCAAUGAAAAUAGACAGACCAUCCAUAAAAAUGAAUGCUUGACCUCUCCUUCAUCACCUCUCGUCAUCAACAACAACUCAAAUACUAUCCAUUAUAUGGGUAUGGUAGCUCAUCAUCACCAUCAGCAACACUCUUCUAAUAACAAUGAUAAUGAAGAGAAUCCUUCAUCCUCUGCAGAUGCUUGUUCGCCACAACCUACGACUACUAAUUUUCAUGCUCAUCAUCCACAGCGUCACCCACAGCAACAUUUCCAAUUAAAGUCAGACCCAUCAAAGGAAGCUGUGAGCUUUAGAUAUGCACAACAGCCCAUGAUGUCUAAUAGUGAUACAACAACUGCAUUCUUGCAGCAGCAGUCAAAUGAAGGACAGCAGCAGGGCUUUAUGAAUGAUACAAGAUUCGACUAUUCGAAUCUUUAA